UCAUUUCAGAAGAUUUCGACAUCUUGCUGUUCAAUUUCCAAGGCCUUUACUGAUUGACCUUCCUCUUGAAGCAUACCAAGCACUAUUUCCUGCAUUCCAAAAAAUCUCAAGAUCCAGCUGUCCUACUGAAGAGAUUUUCUAGAAGUAUUAGAUAAAAUGAAGUACAAAGGAAAUGUCAAGAAUAUGGGGAAAAGAAGCAAGCAGGAUAAAUCCACUACUGGACAAAAUACACUCACUACAGAUGAAGCUUUUAAUCCACAAUCGAUUAUGGAUGUGUCUCCCUCAAAGAAGCCAAGACUGCAGAGUGUACCCAAUGAAUCUUCUGAAGAAAGUGGUUUCCAGCCAGGCCCCAAAGAAGUGGUGGUGCUGAAAGUGACAGAACCAUUUACAUACAAUGUUGCAGAACAGGAGCACAGGAUGAUUCAUGCAACAGUGGCUACUGUGAAAGCAUUCUUCCAAGUGAAAGUUUUUGACAUCAAACAUAAGAACAAGUUCACCCCCAAAAAUGUCAUUGCCAUAUCAAAUUAUGUUGAUCGAGAUGGGUUCCUGGAGAUAUACAAAUCCUCAACUGUGACUACUCUGAGUGCUGACCAAAGGAUGAACAUUCCACCUGCUCUGAUUAAGAAUGCCAACGCAACACCUGAAAUCAGCCAGAUUUGCUCACAAAUUGAAGGAAAAUAUGUGAAUAGGAUAUUUAGAGUGUAUAAGGAAGAAGACUGCAGCUCUCUAACAGAGGAAAUCGAAAGUCAAGAGUAAGAAUGGGAGGAGCCUCACCCUGUCCCUGGGCUUCUGCAG